CACGCCGUAACCGUGACGUCACCUUGACCGGAGAAAAGGGCACCCGCGUGCGUGUGCGCCCGCAUGACAGUCUCGCGGCUGCUCGCGUCUCUGUCGCUCGCGCUUUUUAAAAUUAUUGUACGUAAUUGUUGUUGUUUUGAAACGGUCGGUCUGUUUUGGUAGCAGGGCGAAUUAACAAAUCUUUCUGUCUUUAAUAUGUCCACUUUUGGGGGAUUAUUAUUAUUAUUAUAAGUAGUAGUAUUAGUAAUAGCGUUUUAUUAUUAUUAUAAUUAUUAUUCUUAUUAUAAUUAACGUUUAUUCCGCUUGCCGUAAGUCGCGGUACCGUCUCGCCCUGAUGCCGCAGACAGUCUGACUCUGACCCGACCCAGUCUACAGUCCUCCGCUUUCUAUUGAUCUCCCGCAGCGGUGAAUUUGAGGAACACCGAGCGAGCGCACGCUCCGUCCAGGACGCUUUGAAGAUGUUCGACGCGCGCGGGAUUCCCUUCGUCUUGCUGGACGUCGCGUGCCUGAUCCUCGUUGGACUCCCAUUCGCAAUACUCACACCGAAAAACUCCCCGUACAAAAGAGGAUUUUUCUGUAACGAUGAUUCGAUCAAGUACCCUCUAAAGCCGGACACCAUUUCCUAUGAAUUAUUGGGAGGAGUAAUGAUACCUCUCGUUCUACUUACUAUGAUCAUCGGCGAGUCCAUUUCAGUUUAUCUAAAACGUAUCCAAUCAAAGUCCUCUUUCAGCAACAGCUAUGUCGCCUGCAUCUACAAAGCAAUCGGCACGUUCCUGUUCGGUGCCGCCAUGAGCCAGUCCCUCACCGACAUCGGCAAGUACUCGAUCGGCCGGCUGCGGCCUCACUUCCUGGACGUGUGUAAGCCUAACUGGCAGACGAUCAACUGCUCCAAUGGAGCUUACAUCGAGAACUUCACCUGUAGCGGGGAUGCGAAGAUAGUGAAUGAGGCCAGGCUGUCCUUCUACUCCGGCCACUCCUCGUUCUCCAUGUACUGUAUGCUGUUCCUGGCACUUUAUCUGCAGGCUCGAAUGCGGGACGAAUGGGCUCGACUCCUGCGACCCACAAUCCAGUUCUUCCUGAUAGCCGCGUCUAUAUAUACAGGCCUGUCCCGCGUCUCUGACUAUAAACACCACUGGAGUGACGUCCUCACAGGACUCCUACAGGGAGCGAUCAUGGCCCUGCUGGUGAUUUUCUUCGUGUCUGAUUUUUUCAAGAAGCCGGCGAUCCCGCAGAGAGCCGAGGACCUGAUGCACACCACUCUACAGGAGACGCCGACUAACGGAAACCACUACGACGUGAAUAACUGAAGCCGCACGGGACCCUUGUUCUGCGUCUCGCCAGCGCGGUUCGUCAGCGAGCACGACUGUCAGGAAGGACCACUGGGGUGGAAACCUGUGAAUGUAACCGCUGCUUUCCCGCUCUGCUAAACGCCCAGACUCUGCGGCGACCCGAGACGAGACGGCUUCGGGCUGCUGAUGCUGCUUUCCUGUGUAUGAUGCUAACAGCUUUGCUCCUCAAGCAAAGUUUUUUUUAUUUUAUUUUUUUUAUUUUAAAUAAAGAACAAUAACUCACUAUACACUUAAUUUUAAUUAAAAUUAUGUUAAAACACUAUGUACAAAAAAUAUUGUCUUGUUUAAAGAACAAACAAAAGAAUGAGCUCAUAACAUUUGUGAACGUGAACGUAAUAAACUUGUUCCAUCACCGGCA